AUGCCCGGGGCGGCCGGAGGCUCCCGGGCUCCCGCUGACUCAUCACAAAGUCCUGCCGCGCGGCCCGGGAGGCGGGGGGGGGGGGGGAGGGGAGAGGCCCUUGGCGGGCGGCGGCCGAGGUCGUCUGAGGCGCGCGCAGCCGGAAAACCCCAAGAAGGCGGCCGCGAAGGGGGCGCUGGGGCCGGCUGGCAGCUGCCGGGGUCGCCUGAAGCGCGGGGCCGACGACAGGCGACGGGGAGGGAACCUCGCCCCCAGCAGCCGGCGCGCCGCGUCAGGGGCCUACCCGCCCCCCUUCCGCAGUCGUGCAGUGCCUCGCCGGCCCCCGCCGGGGUGAGGUGGGGGCGAGGGCCGCGGGAGGCUCCCCCCACCGGCCCGUGUCGCACGCGCCCAGCUAUCGGGAGAGGACGGGUCCCAAAUACCAGCGCUGGCCUCGGGGGCGCCCGAGGUCGCGGGGCUCUUCCCCCUCCCUUUAAGACUUGCGGUGUGUCUGGGAAGAGACCAAACCAGCUUCCAGGGCCAGGACGCCCGCAGUCCCGGUCUCACUCUUGGUAUCCGCCCCCCUCUCUAGCGGCCUCUGCCCUGGUGCUGUCGCUCCCACGUGCUGGGUCAAGGCCUGGCCCAGGCGCUUUCCUGUCACUGCUGGCUAACCUCAAGGCCCUGUGCUCUCAGAGAUGCAACAGAGGGACCAGAGAGCUUCAGGAAGGCGCAUGA